AGUAAGGGAACUUCAUUGCGCACGCUAGACUGUAGUGGUUUUUUUACUGUCAAAAUAUGAUACGGUUGUUUUUACAUUUGUUUCUGUAGUUUCUGCGUUUCUGAGCUGUAAUUAAAGCGGGGACUUCUAGCAACUGACGAAUUAGAACCGUUAGAAUAAGUGGAAAUCAAAAGAGCGCGUGUUGACAGUGUAAAUGCUAGAAAGCAAACAAUGGAUCAAUACUUUGCAGGGAAGGGUAACAUGCGGAUACGACGAAAAAUCAUCGUUCCUUUAUAGUAACGUUUCUUACAUUCCGUGUGCUUGUCGUGUUUGAUAGCUUGAAAAGGUAAAGCAUCGGCCAUCGACAUGGAUAAGUCGGACAACCAGCUGAAAACCUGGAAAAAGAAGAGCAUGAAGUCGAGCGGCUCAGCGGACGUUGUGACCCAGUGCGUCCAGGUGGUCGUGCGUUGCAGACCGAUGGACGAGAAAGAACUGACCCGUGGUUACACGCGCGUGGUCGACGUGCACCCGUCGAGGGGAGUGGUCGAGAUUCGUCAUCCGCGGGACGAUCCGUCCAGCGACAAUGUGAAAGUCUUUACAUUCGAUGCGGUCUACGACUGGAAUUCUAGCCAGCAAGAUCUCUACGAGGAGACGGUCAGGCCGUUGGUGUCUUCGGUCUUGGACGGUUUCAAUGGCACUAUCUUCGCGUACGGACAAACCGGUACUGGAAAAACGUAUACCAUGGAAGGCCUGAAGAACGACCACGAGAGACGUGGCGUAAUUCCACGCUCGUUCGAGCAUAUUUUUAAUCACAUAGGUAGAUCGGAGAACAUGCAGUACUUGGUGCGAGCCAGUUACCUCGAGAUAUACCAGGAAGAGAUUCGUGACCUUUUGCAGCCUGAUCAGAGCCUGAGAUUCGAGUUGAAAGAAAAACCGGACACUGGUGUAUUCGUCAAGGACCUGUCCACGUCUGUGUGCAAGAGUGCCGCGGAAAUUCAACAGUUGAUGAACACUGGAAACCAGAAUAGAACCAUAGGCGCGACGAAUAUGAACGAGCAUAGCUCUAGGUCGCACGCGAUAUUUUUGAUUACCAUUGAAAUGGGAUCGAUCGGCGAUAGCGGCGGAAUCAGGGUCGGCCGUUUGAACCUGGUCGAUCUCGCGGGUAGUGAAAGGCAGAGCAAAACUGGGGCCUCUGGCGAGAGGCUUAAGGAAGCGAGUAAGAUCAAUUUAAGCUUGUCAGCAUUAGGAAACGUAAUUUCGGCCUUGGUCGACGGGAAAACCACGCACGUGCCGUACAGAGAUUCUAAAUUAACGCGACUACUGCAGGACUCUCUAGGCGGUAACUCCAAGACCAUCAUGGUUGCCAACAUUGGGCCGGCGAGUUACAAUUACGACGAGACCUUGACCACGUUGCGGUAUGCGAAUCGGGCCAAGAAUAUUAAGAACAAGCCAAGGAUAAACGAAGAUCCGAAGGAUGCGUUAUUGAGACAGUAUCAGGAAGAGAUUGGCCGAUUGAAAGAGAAAUUGGCCCAGAAGGGUACGGUGGUGAAGCGAAAGAAGAAGUCGAAGAAGAAGAAAGGAGACGAAGCCGUAGAUUCGGAGUCUGAGGCGGAGGACAGCCGAGGCGAAGAUAAUAAGAUAGAGACGGAUAAGAAAUUAAUCGCGGAGCAAUUGAGAGCCGAGAAGCAAGAGACGGAGACGCUUAUAAUGAGAAUAAAGGACCUGGAGAGUAAGAUGCUUUGUGGAGGUAAGAACAUAAUCGACCAUACUAACGAGCAACAGAGGGCGCUGGAACAGAAGGCGGCUGAAAUUGCCGAGAGGAAGAAGCGAGAGGUCGAAAUGCAGCAGAAACUCGAAGACGAGGAGCUGACAAUGUUAGGCGUGAAAGAAACCUAUUCGAACUUGCAACAAGAAGUGGAUGUGAAAUCGAGGAAACUCAGGAAAUGUUUUAAUAAGUUACAGGUUCUCAAACAAGAACUCGAAGACGUUACUAACGAUUUUAACAGGGACAGGAGAGACUUAGAGCAAACCCAACACGAGCUAAUGAAGGAGUUGAAGCUGAAGUACCUCAUAAUAGAAAAUUUCAUUCCAGAGGAGGAGAAAAAUAAAAUUCUAUCGAGGAUUCACCUUGACGAGGAGGAAGACUCCUGGAUAGUGAAAGAGCCGGAACCAUCCAGUAUAGACAUGAUAAAGAGGCCUACGUCGAUUCCUGGUGCCCGUAGGCCAGUUUCAGAAUAUGCACGAAUUGCCCUAGCUAUGGAAAGGGGUUGUCGUUAUGCGGGUGAAAAUGUAUUGAACCUAGACCUAGAUAUGCCAGCCAGAACAACGCUGGACUAUCAGGGGCCUGCUAUUGCACCUACGAUUCAAGCUGUUCUCGAGGAAGCGCUGCGGGACGAAGGGGACAUCGACGUGGAUGCGUCUAGUGCGAAGCUUAAAUCGAAACCACGUUUACAAUCUGCGAAAAUACGACCUAAAAGUGUUGGGAAGGUACAACAGAUUCCAGCGCCGGUUUAUCCAAAGACGAGAGGUCUCGUGCCGAAGUAGGAAAUUUUUAAUACGUUCCAGUAAAGUCUGUAAAGAAACGUGUAAAUAUUGUACG